AUGAUCAUUGUUGUGACGUUAUUGUCGACUUAUUUCGGUGCGAUUUUUGGGAUAAGUUUCGCAACGAUUUUAUUAAUAAUCUUCGGUUAUGGUUGGGGUUCGCUACCAUUCUUUUAUCUACGAAUUAUUGAAGCGUUUCAAAAUUUUUUUUCACUUGAUUAUCCAGUUGAUAAUGAACACGAACGGUCAAUUAUCAUAAAACGUUCAAGCAAUUUUUUAAAUGAAAAUGAUUCUGAUGAUGAAGAAUUUUUCAGCAACGAGAAUUAUAAAAAUGCCUUUGAUAUAUCUAUCGAUGCUUUUAAAAAUGGAUUUGAAACAGUUAUUCAGGAUGACCUAAGUGCUGCAUUUGAUGUCGCUCCAUCAUUUUGCGAGACGUUGCUUGAAUAUCUAAAUCGACUGAAUUUGCAAAAAAUAUCAAAUUUGUUAUUAUGUGAUUUGCAAUUUUUUGCUUAUGCAGCCUCGUUAAUUUUUCGAUAUACAAUUCUUCUACCAGUUAGAUUCAGUUUAAUUGCAACUUCGUUUUUGUAUGCAUUUUGUGCUGUUUUUUUGUCGUAUUUUAUUCAACUUACGUUAAAACAGCGGAUUGAUAUCAGUGUGACUUAUUGUCGCUUAUAUGGCGCCGGUAUUGGACUUAUUGCUAAGUACCAUAAUUCACAGAAUAGACCUAGAUCACCAGGAAUCGCUGUAUCAAAUCACAUAUCGCCAAAUGAUAUACAAAUCAUUUUUGCGGAUAUUAGUUCAUAUGGAAGCGAUGGUUUCACUGUAACGGGACAAAAACAUGGCGGAAUAAUUUGGCUUAUAGAAAGGCUUGUUGAGAGGAUUUGUCCAGCAAUAUGGAUGGAAAGAUCAGAUAGUGAAAGUCGAAAGCGUUUCACCACAGAAAUUUUUAAUAGUGCAAUAUCACAUCCAGUUUUAUUAUUUCCGGAAGGGUAUUGCACAAAUAAUACUAGUAUACUUCGAUUUAGAAAGGCUAUAUUUAAAAGUGGAAUAAAUAUUUAUCCAAUAGCACUCAGGCAGAAAUCGAGAUUCGGUGACUCGUUUUGGAGAGAAGAUCAAUUCUGGCGUUAUAUGCUUCGAGUAAUAACAUCGUGGGCUAUCGUUUAUGAUGUUUUCUAUCUUGAAGCAAUGCAAAAAUCGCACAGUGAGACAAAUGAGACUUUUGCGAAUCGAGUACGGCAAGAAAUUUCUAGAGCUGCACAAAUCAAACCUAUCAAAUCCGAUGGACGAUUAUGGUACUUGGAAAUCGAACGUCAACGUAUGAAAGAGAUGCAAAUGAGAAAAUUUUCCAAUAUAUUUUAUGAAAUUUUCAUUCGGCGAGAAAUUCACUGCGAAUCAGAAAUUCAUAAACGAAAUCUUUAA